AUCCAGUUCACAUCAAGCCGGCGCGCGAGCGGACGACCGUUUACGAAGCGAAAAUGAAUCUCGUUUUAACCUUCCUAAUAAUUGUAAUAGUUAACAGUGCGAGUUGUUUAAACAUCCUUGGCAUCUUUCCGUAUCAGGGCAAGAGCCAUUUCUUCGUUCACAGAGUUUAUUUAAGAGAAUUGGCUAAACGAGGUCAUAAUGUUACAAUAAUAUCCCACUUCCCAGAAAAAGUGCCGCCGAAGAAUUAUCAUGAUAUAAGUUUAGCGGGGAGUAUAAAGAUAUUAGAAGAUGAUAUGCCGGUACAUAGGUCUUACAUGACCGUUCUACAAGUUGGUGUGUUUUUGACUACAAGUGGAAAAGAAAACUGCGAAGUUAUGUUAGCAAAUAAAGAUGUACAAAACAUGAUUAAACAAAAACCGAAGUACGAUGUUGUCGUUGUUGAAGUUUUUAAUAGUGAUUGUGCUUUGGGAAUAGCUUACAAAUUAAAUGCACCCGUUGUGGGUAUAACGUCUCAUAUAUUGAUGCCUUGGCACUAUAGUAGGUUAGGUAUACCGUAUAAUCCUUCGUACGUGUCGUUCCAUUUCCUCGAAGGUGGAACUAAGCCGACGUUUGUACAAAGACUAGAAAGAGUUAUCUUCGACACGUAUUUCAAAACGCUUUACUAUUUUGUGUCACAAAGAAACGAUCAAAACACACUCGCAAGAUACUUCGAUGAUAUACCUCCUUUAGAAGAUUUAGCUCGGGAAAUGAAAUUCUUACUGUUAUAUCAUAAUUUCAUACUCACCGGAUCUAAAUUGUUCCCCGCUAAUGUAAUAGAAGUCGGUGGUUAUCAUGUACAAGAAUCUAAGCUGUUAACAGGUGAUUUAAAAAAGUUCUUCGACGCCGCUGAACAUGGUGUGAUAUACAUAAGUUUUGGAUCAGUUAUUAAAAGUUCUACAAUGCCUCGCGACAAACUCGAAGCGGUGUUGGGAGCUGUGAAGGAAUUGCCGCAGAGAUUCGUCUGGAAGUGGGAGGAUAAAACUUUGCUCGUCGAUAAAAAUAAACUCUAUCUAGCUGAUUGGCUGCCCCAAGUCGAUAUUUUGGGUCAUCCAAAAACAGUGGCUUUCCUAUCACAUGGUGGUAUGGGAGGGACAACAGAAGCGAUUCACUUCGGCGUACCAGUUGUAGCAAUGCCGGUCUUCGGUGACCAACCGUCUAAUGCCGCGGCGGUAGAAGAGAGCGGUCUAGGAGUGCAACUGCAAGUCAGGGACUUGACUAAAGAAAAUCUUAUUGCUGCUUUCAAAAAAGUUUUGGAUCCAAAAUUUCGCUCCAACGUUAAACUAUUGUCAAAAGCUUGGCACGAUCGUCCGAUGGCACCGUUGGAUACGGCGAUAUAUUGGACAGAGUUCGCGGCGCGGUAUUCAAACUUCACGUAUAGGACAGCAGCAGCCGACGUGCCUUUGUAUCAAUACCUCAAUCUCGACAUCGUUCUGGUGUUCACUGCAUUACUAAUAUUACUACUGGCCACUUUGAAAGCUAUAGUAUCUCUUUGCUGUGGUAGUAAGAGAAAAGAGGUUCCGAGUAAAAAGGUUAAACGUAAGAAAAAUUAAUUUAAAAGAAAAAUGUUAAAAUAGAACAACGCCGGUUAAUACGUUAAAAUAAAUUAUAAAAGACAAUGAAAACUUUAAGAUUAGAAUUCCUAUCCUAUAAUGUAAUAAAUUAAGUUAAAUUAAAUUAAUUAUUUUAUAUUGACCAAACCACAUUUGCUGCAUAUAUUUAUAACGACAAGUGGAGUGUGUGGGGGAAUAAAAUACUGCAACAACAAUAAAAUAUAAUUUUGUACAUUAAAAAAUGUUUUACUUUUAGACCAUUGAACAGUCCAAGGUUUUUUUUAAUUAUAUGGUAAAUCCUUAGUUCGUUUGUGAUCUAUGGAGUUGCAUAAAUCAUUUGAAAAGCAGUUUGUUGCGGAAUAUGUAGGUAUGAAUUCUUUUACACAAUUGAAAAACUAGUAUUUAUUAUAUUAAUAGCUCUUCGAUUUUUGUAACAGCUCUUCGCAUCGAAACCUAAAAAUAUAAACAAAAAUUGAAUAACGCCUUUUUCUAGCGACUUCACAAAGUUAAAAACACAGGCCUUCAAGAAGGAAAGUUGCUAAGUAACCUUCUUAUUUUUGACAUUUAUGUACUGUCAACCUAUAUUUUUUUACUGAAAUCGUAGAUAAUUCUAAAAAAAAUAUGUAAAAAAGCUAACCGAAAUAUUUCAUAAUAAAUAUGUGUCUCACAGAAACAUGUUAUUGGUGGAAACUUAAAUAUCAAAAUGCAAUAUGAACACAAAAAAA